AUGGCUCCCCGUGUGCGCCUAAGACCGCGGGUUUUAACCGUCCGUUGGCGACGGAUCCCUCGGUUGACACGGGGCGCCCUUGCAAGGGAGGACCUAACCCUACAAGCUGGCUCUGAGGAAGCCGACAGUGCCACUCCGCCUCAAGCACUCUGCAAGUAUGCUCACGUGCAAAGCCUCGACCGGUUUGUGAGCAGUGACUAUUGCAGGACUCUAACGAAGUGUAAGAGAAGCAAUGGAAGGGUUUCUCUGAAACUAGACUCACUCAAGACAUUCAACACCUCUUCACACUCCCCGACUACCAUGCAUACUUCUCGCACCACUCUAGAAACAGCGGGGGCGUUGCCCUCUAUAUCCAUAACAGAUUUUCCUCUCGUGGUAGAGCUGGUCUAUCUUUCCAAGAAGAUUUUAUUUACUUUUAACCUAAAAUUACAACACAAUGAACCUAAAACUGAGAAAACACUUUACUAUCGCGACUAUAAAGAAUCCAAUAUAACCAAUUUUAAAAGUCACCUUACAGAAGUAUGUUGGGACCUCGUGUUUGCCUCUCACAAUCCCGAGGUUGCCUAUGAAAAUUUCAUUAGUCUUUUUAUCCCCUCCUUUGAAAGAUUUUUCCCAUCAAAAUGUAAGUCACUACAAUCCAACUCCUUUAAGAAACCAUACAUUAUAUGUGAUAUAAGAAACUUAAUCAAAGAAAAAAAUAAACUUAAGAAAUAUGCAAAGUGGCCUCUCUCCUACGGCGAGACAUUUCGGUCUCUUCGCAACCGUUUAAAACUAACAAUUCGGAAGGCAAAGGCAGAUCAUUACAAAAUGAAGCUUAAUCAAAGUGCAGGUGACACUAAGAAGACAUGGCGAUUAACCCCUAAUGUAGAUAGAGACUUUAAAGAAUUUCUCGGGCCCUCCAACAACAACCCCAUGAGCCUGACUCCGAUAACAGACAGAGAUUUCAUCAAUGUUGUUAAUGACCUUAAAACUUCUUCUCCAGGAGACGACUGCAUUCCCAUCAACAUUAUUAAGAAAAUGCUUCUUUGCAUUCUUAAGCCCCUGAAACAUGUAAUUACUAUACCAUUUAAUAUGGGAGUAUUUCCCACAAAACUUAAGAUUGCCAAAGUUCAUCCCAUGUUCAAGUCUGGAUCCCAUUGCCUUAAUAACUAUCGCCCAAUUUCCAUACUAACAGCUUUUAGCAAAAUCUUUGAAAAAAUUAUGUCCAUUAGAUUAACUGAUUUUCUUUAUGAAAAUGAUAUAAUCAACAAUUGUCAGUAUGGUUUCUUGAAGAACAAAUCAUCUGAAUUAGCGGUUUCAGACUUCACAAAUGAAACUUUAAAAUCUUAUGAUGGUCGUAUAUUUACACUUGCUACAUUCUUAGACCUCUCCAAAGCAUUCGAUACAGUCAACCAUCGAAUUCUUUUGGGAAAAUUAUACCAUUAUGGUAUAAAAGGGAUUGUACAUGCUUGGUUCGCUUCGUAUCUGUCAAACCGCACACAGUACGUAGUUUUCAAUGACUGCAACUCCUCUAAAAGAACUAUCGCUCAUGGAGUCCCACAGGGCUCCAUCUUGGGACCCAUUCUGUUUCUUCUUUACAUCAAUGAUAUUGUCAAUGCGAGCUGUCUGAGCUUCACUCUCUAUGCUGAUGAUACUUGCUGUUACGCUUCGAGGCACUCCAUUAUAGAUUUGAUCAACUCCACGAACAGUGAAAUGACAAAUAUAAGAAGAUGGAUGACUCUAAAUAGGCUUACCCUGAAUGUCGACAAGCCACUAUAUAAUUUUUCAUAG